GAUUCCUUCCCCAUAACACCACGACUCUUCGAGGAUAUUCCGACAUUCAAACAUCGUACUAACACAUCAUCAAAAUGUCGGACGGAGAAGAGACCCAAUCCAACCCCCCCGUCGCCGCUGAGGAGGUCGAGGUUCCUGCCGAGUCUGGCGCCGGCGGUCAGAUGUCUGUCCUCGAUGCUCUCAAGGGUGUCCUUCGCAUUGCCCUGAUCCACGACGGUCUUGCCCGUGGUCUCCGCGAGGCCGCUAAGGCCCUCGACCGCCGUCAGGCCCACAUGUGUGUUCUCAACGAGGGCUGCGAGGAGGAGGCCUACAAGAAGCUCGUUGUCGCUCUCUGCUCUGAGCACAAGAUCCCUCUCAUCAAGGUUCCCGAUGGAAAGAUGCUCGGCGAGUGGGUUGGCCUCUGUACGUACCUCGAACCCCCAAAAAACAACUACCAAAGGACCCUGGAGGAAUUGCAGAAGUUCACUAUAGGACGAAUGCUAACAGUUAUUUACUUAACAGGCCAGCUUGACCGUGAGGGUAACGCGCGCAAGGUUGUCAACUGCUCUUGCGUUGUUGUUAAGGACUGGGGUGAGGAGAGCCAGGAGCGUUCUGUUCUCCUCAACUACUUCCAGACUGAGCAGUAA